CGGUGGCCGGCGCUGCGUCCGGCGUCCGCUCGGGCCGGGUGGCCGCUGCCCCGCCCGCGUCCCGCGUCCCGCGUCGGCCGCCCGCGCCCCGCGCCCCGCCGCCGUUGGGCCGCGCCGCGCCGCCAUGUCGGGCCCCGGGCCGCGGGAGCAGCCGCCGCCUGAGGCGGGCGCGGCGGGCGGCGACGCGGGCCCCGAGGGCGCGGGCGGCGGGGACGCGGCGCUGGGCGAGCCGGGGCUGAGCUUCACCACCACGGACCUGAGCCUGGUGGAGAUGACGGAGAUCGAGUACACGCAGCUGCAGCACAUCCUCUACUCGCACAUGGAGGCGGCCGACGGCGAGCUCGAGGCGCGCCUCAGCUCGGCACUGCUGGCCGGGCCGGGCGCGGGCGCGGCGGGCGUGGGCGCGCUGGGCGCCGCGCCGCCCGUCUACCCGGUGCUCUGCCCGCCCGCGCUGGCGGCCGACGCGCCCUGCCUGGGCCACAUCGACUUCCAGGAGCUGCGCAUGAUGCUGCUGAGCGAGGCGGGCGCGGCCGACAAGACGCCGGGCGGCGCGGACGCGGCGGGCGCGGGGGCGCGGGCGCGGCCCGACGGUGCCAAGGAGGGCCCCGAGGGCGCGCCCGAGGCGCGGGCCAAGCCGGCCGUGCGCGUCCGCCUGGAGGACCGCUUCAACAGCAUGCCGGCCGAGCCGCCGCCGCCGCCGCCGCCGCCCGCCCCGCGCGGCCCCGAGCCCGCCGAGCAGCCGGGCGUGGCGCUCAACAAUUUGGUGACUCUGAUCCGGCAUCCGUCCGACCUGAUGAAUGCUCCUCUCCAUCAGCACAACAAGUGCACGGCGCUGGUGAAAAACAAGACGGCGGCCGCCACGACGGCGCUGCAGUUCACCUACCCGCUCUUCAGCGGCGGCGCCUGCUCGGCCGCGGGCAGCUCCGGCCUGACGCAAACGCAGAGUUCGGGGAGCUCCUGCUCGGCCGUGGAGGCCGCCAAGCACCAGGACCUUGGGCUGCCGCGCGCCUUCUCUUUCUGUUACCAGCAGGAGAUCGAGUCCACCAAGCAGGCGCUGGGCAGCAGGAGCAAAGCCUUGCCCGAGCAGGUUUGGAUCAAAGUGGGAGAAGAAGCGCUAUGUAAACAAGCAAUCAAUAAGAGGAAUCGAAGUCGGAUGCGGCAGCUGGACACGAACAUGGAACGAAGAGCCCUUGGCGAGAUUCAGAAUGUGGGCGAGGGCGCCCCGGCCGCGCAGGGUGUCUGGCAGGCCUCAGAGUCCUCUCAGUCCACGCUGGGCGAGCAGGCCCCGAGCGGGCCCCCGGGAGGAAGGUCUCAGCGGCGGGAGAGACACAAUCGCAUGGAGAGGGACAGGAGGCGCAGAAUCCGGAUUUGCUGUGACGAGUUGAAUCUCUUGGUUCCGUUUUGCAACGCCGAGACAGACAAGGCGACGACACUUCAGUGGACCACGGCGUUCCUGAAGUACAUCCAGGAAAGACACGGGGAUUCUCUCAAGAAGGAAUUUGAGAGCGUGUUUUGCGGUAAAACUGGCAGAAGGCUAAAGCUGACCAGACCCGACUCCUUGAUGGCCUGUCCAGCACAGGGAAGCCUACAGAGCAGCCCCUCAAUGGAGAUCAAGUGACGGACUGAGCAGGACCCCUGGGACAGGAGCAGCCUCGGCCUGUGACCCCGAGGGGGCCCGGGAUCCUGGAGCUGACCGGCUAACUCAAGGGGGGCUGACCCAGGUGAGGGACUCCUGUCGGGGCUGGUGGUGCGCAGUGUGUCACCUAGCACCCAGCACUGGUCCAUCCAUGUCCUCUGAGACCUUUCGGGGUGACGACAUCUUGACAAUUAGUAAGUAAUUUUUCAAUUAUCUGUCUGAUUCCAUCAUGUUUUCUCAACAUGAUAACUUUGAAAAUGAA